CCGCAGGCCGGAGAUCUGAUCAAGCUGAAGUACAAGGCAUACCUUCCAUCCGGCCAGAUGUUUGACAGCAGUGAGGGGCCUGGGCGCAAGCCAAUCGCGGCAAAGUUCAAGAAGCAGCCGAUCCUCAACCCCGGUGUGGAGGAGGCGCUGGCGACGAUGAAGGAGGGGGGCAAGCGCGUGAUCCAGGUGCCGCCGGCGAUGGCGUACGGAGAAAAGGGCAUCAAGAUCGAGACUAAGGAUGGCGGCUCAGAGUACCUGGUGCCGCCCAACGCGAAGCUGCAGUACGAGCUCGAGCUCCUGUCGGUA